AUGUAUGACAAGGUAGUAAUAAAGCGGAAAAACAAGCUCACUACUCUGGCAUCUAUCAUUUCAUCAUUCAAAUUGCCGGAGAAAAACAGGAGAGUAGCUGUGGAUCCGCUCACAAUUUCCCAGCGAGUAUGUAUAGCGGAGCAAUCUGAGCAAUGUUCACAGGAUAACUUUAAGUAUGAUGAACAAGGAAUGCGUAAGGGCACUGAAUCCACGCUGUACUCUGCCUUCCAGCCACAUGCCUACCUCUUGCACAAAGUCGUGUGGCAGCGGAAGAGCACAGUUCAAGCACUCUCGGCACGUUAUACUACCUACGUCCGUAACCACUUUGAGAAGAACGUCUCCAUCAUCUUUGACGGCUACCACGAAGAUGCUGCCAAAAAAACACGAAAACAGCCAAACGACUCCGGCGCUACGCAACUCAUUAGAGUUACGAAUUAUAGUUCGAUGAAUCCACAUUAA